AUGUCACUGAUCCUGUUUGCCUUUGUAGUGCGGGUUAGGGAUGGACUCCCUCUGUCCGCCUCCACAGACUUUGAGCACAAUCGAGAGCUGCAGGAAAGGAAACAGCAGCUUCGGACCAUCAGCAAGACGCUGGCCUUCAUCCCAGAAAAAGCUGCUGUCAAGGGCCAAGAUCUUAACAUAUACUUGGUGACUUCAGAGGGCGUCUCUUACAUGAGCGUGUGCCACUGCAGCGUUCCCAUCACGAUGGCCUUCUGCUUCCUAGAAGACCUGCGUUGGGAAUUCACAGCCUGCUACAAUCACAACGUUGUGUCGCUGGCAGACAGACCUUAUCCAUUUUUGGAAUUUGACUGCACAAUUCAAAAGCUGAAGCAGCAGUACAACCAUAAGGGCGGCCCGGCUCUAGAGGUCACCUUGGCGGAGGUCCAGGAGGAGCUGAGGCUCCGCCCACCACAGAUCCUAAACCUGGAGGAGGUCGAGCUCACUAAUGGCUCUGCAAAUGGCCACGUGGAGCAAUCGGCUACCUCUGGCCAGAACAUAAAACUGGAGCCAGUGACAGCACUGGGCAUUCUUUCAUUGGUCCUCAACAUCAUGUGUGCUUCCUUGAACGUCAUCCGAGGCGUGCACCUAAUAGAAUAUACAUUCCAGGAUGACUAUGACGGUGCGUGGAACGUCGUGGCUUUCCUCGUGGCGUUCCUCUGCUCCAUGCUUCAGUGUCACCUGUACGUCUUCCACUCCCGGCUAAAGACUGCCAAGUCCCUUAGCCUGCUCAGCGCCAUUAUCAUAUGCAACCUCUUCCUCCAUGGGAUGAGGAACGCCUGGCAAAUCGCCUUCCACAUCGGCGUGGCCUCUUUGUCCACCGUACUCAUCCUCCGACGGAAAGUCCUAGACAGGAGCAAUGACUGUGGGGUGUGA